AUACAGGUACUCAAAACCCUAGUCUGCUUCUUCAACCGCCCACAACACAACGGACCUUCUCCCUCAGCCUCCGCGUAGAGGGAAACAGAGAUGGCGAAGAGAGAGACUCCUCGGUUGGACUCACUGAAUAAGAAGAAAAAGGAGAAGGAGAAGAAGGAGGAGAGUUCAAAACAUCAACAGGAAGAGAAUGUUGAUGAUAAACAGCUUCAUCAGGGUUUUUCUGGAGAUGAAGAAGAACUGACGGAAUCAGAAUCAGAUGGACCUGUCCUCUCAGAAGACGAGGACUAUGUUAGUGCAGAUGGAGAUGAUAGUUUGCAUAAUGACCCUAGUGAAGAAAAUGAGGGUGGGAGCAGCGAAUCUCAUCAAGGAAUCGAAGAGAGUGAUUCAUCUGAAGAUGAGGUGGCUCCUCGAAAUACAAUUGGAGAUGUUCCCCUGGAAUGGUAUAAAGAUGAGGAGCAUGUUGGAUAUGACAUUGCUGGGAAGAAGAUAAAGAAGAAAGUUAGACAAGAUAAACUUGAUUCUUUUCUAGCGAGUGCUGAUGACUCAAAGAAUUGGCGCAAAAUUUAUGAUGAGUAUAAUGAUGAGGAAGUGGAGUUAACAAAACGUGAAACUAGAUUAAUACGUAGAUUGCUCAAAGGAAAGGCACCACAUGCUGAAUUUGAUCCAUAUGCGCCUUAUGUUGACUGGUUUAAAUGGGAUGAUGCUAAGCAUCCACUGUCCAAUGCACCGGAACCAAAGAGGCGGUUCAUUCCUUCAAAAUGGGAAAGUAAAAAGGUUGUUGAAUAUGUUAGAGCAAUUAGAAAGGGAUUAAUAAAGUUUGACAAGCCAAAAGAAGAACCACGUGUUUAUCAUUUGUGGGGAGAUGAUUCCAGCUCAACAGAAAAGGCUGGCCAUGGGUUAGCUUAUAUUCCUGCCCCAAAGUCGAAGCUGCCAGGCCACGAGGAGUCAUAUAAUCCUUCUUUAGAAUACAUCCCAACACAAGAAGAGAUUAAUUCUUAUCAGCUUAUGUAUGAGGAAGACCGCCCUAAAUUUAUUCCAAGAAGGUUUUUGUCUCUAAGAAGUGUCCCUGCAUAUGAGAAUGCGGUCAAGGAAUCAUUUGAUCGCUGUUUGGACCUAUAUUUAUGUCCUAGAGCCCGGAAGAAACGUAUCAAUAUUGAUCCCGAAUCUUUGAAGCCCAAACUACCUAGUCGAAAAGAUCUUAAGCCUUACCCAGUAACAUGCUAUCUCGAGUAUAAAGGUCACAAGGGUGCAGUUAUGUCAAUUGCUACUGAAGCAUCAGGACAAUGGAUUGCUUCUGGUUCAAUUGAUGGAUCUGUACGUGUUUGGGAGGUUGAAACUGGUAGAUGCCGUCGAGUCUGGGAGAUUGGUGAAGCUGUCCAUUACGUGGCAUGGAAUCCUUUGCCUGGGCUUCAUAUUUUGGCCGUCUCCUCGGGACAAGAUGUGCUUCUUUUGAACACUGGAUUGGGGAAUGAUGAAGAACAAAAAAAUAUUGAACAACUUCUUCGCAUUGAGACACCUGGUUCAAUGGAUGACACUGGCAACACCACAUCCAUUGUGAGCUGGGUUCAAGAUGAUAAGCAUGGUGGAAUCAGGCUAAAGCAUUUUAAGACUGUUUCUUCAGUAGAAUGGCACCGCAAAGGAGACUACUUAUCAACAGUAAUGCCAGCUGGUGAAUCUAGAGCAAUACUUAUUCACCAGCUCUCUAAGAAGCUUACCCAAAGAAUUCCAUUCAAGUUGCAUGGUCUUCCAGUUUCAUCAAUUUUUCAUCCAACGCGUUCGAUCUUCUUCAUUUCAACAAAGAAGAAUGUUCGAGUAUAUGACUUAUUGAAGCAGAAGCUCGUUAAGAAGCUUGAGACUGGGCUCCGUGAGGUGUCUUCAAUUGCAGUUCAUCCUGCUGGUGAUAAUGUAAUUGUUGGGAGCAGAGAGGGAAAGUUGUGUUGGUUUGACAUGGACCUUUCAUCUCAACCUUACAGGAUUCUCAAGUGUCACCCUAAAGACAUUACCAAUGUGGCUUUCCAUCAUUCAUACCCUCUCUUUGCAACAUGCUCUGAUGAUUGUACUGCAUAUGUUUUUCAUGGCAUGGUUUACUCUGAUCUUAAUCAGAAUCCUCUUAUUGUUCCCUUGGAAAUUCUUAGAGGGCAUUCCAGCACAAAUGGAAGAGGAGUAAUGGACUGCAAGUUCCAUCCAAGGCAACCCUGGUUAUUUACUGCUGGUGCUGAUUCUGUGAUCAAACUUUACUGUCAUUAAGGAGAUUUUAGCAAGUGGAAUGCAUUAAAAUUAUAUGAUAUCUCUUUGACAUCAUUCAAACUCAGGCUUCAUGGGGAUCUCGAAGGAGAGGCCUGAAAAUCAUGUGUUCAGUAUAGAAGCAUCGUCCAAUCAUUGGAUUUGAGAGAACUGAAAAUUAUGUCACCCAAUAUGCAAGUAUUUGCCCAAUUAUUAUACAAGUCAAUGAUCAUCUGGUUGAUGAGUUAAUGGCAUUGGCUCCAGUGUCAUUUUUUUCAAUGAGGCUGAAUUGUAAGUUUUGACAGACAAAUACAUUUUCUUUUUUGUUUGUUUGAUCAGAAAGCAAUCACUUGUCUUAAUUCUUUUCAUUUCUAUUUAUUUGAUCUCGUUCGAGGAAUUGAUUAUUUAAA